GUGAGAUUUGGGUGGUGAAUUUGGCAUCAAGAACGAAGCAUCAUGCUGUGUGGGUUGAGCGGCGCUGUGUGUGAAGUGCCCGUUGUCAACAUCAAGUCGGGCCAUGUGUACGAAAAGCGCUUGAUCGAGGAAUACCUGAAAACACACGGAAACCUGUGCCCACUCUCAGAAUCGCUUGUGGCGCCCGAGGACCUACUUCCCCUCAAACUGUCGACGGUCGCAACGAGCGCAGCCCCGCCGUCCAAGGUCACAGCCUCGAUCCCGUCCUUGCUUUCCGCCCUUCAGACAGAGUAUGAUGCGCAUGCGCUCGAAAUGUUUGAACUCAAGCAGCAUUUACAGACCACUCGACGAGAGCUAUCCCACGCGUUGUAUCAAUACGAUGCCGCGUGCCGCGUGAUUGCUCGUUUGAACCGCGACAUCGAGACACUCAAGCAAACCGCAUCGUCGUCGUCGAACGGUGAAUCCUCGGAUGACCCUUGGGUGCAUGUCACUGCUGCAGUCGCUGCGCGUGCGAAGGAAUUGGCUCAUUACCGCAAGAAGGAGCGCCACGUGGAAGAGCUUGCGAAGACUCCUGCGUCGUUGCAUGCCAAGACGAGCCAAACACUGCACCAAACCGACAAACCUGGCGUUUUGACUGUGGACAUCAAGGGAGAACGUGUCCUCACGGGGGGGAACGACCGACACGCCAAGAUCUUCAACACAUCGACCGGUAAAGUCGAGCACACGCUCUCUGGCCACGCAAAGAAGGUGCAAAAGGUGCUCUUCCACCCGACCGCAGACAUUAUAUUUACAGGGUCGGCAGACAAGUCGAUUAAGCUCUGGACAGCACCAACCUACCAGGCAGCACACACCCUCGAUGGCUACAAUGGCGCGGUCACUGGAAUGGCCGUGCAUCCCACGGGUUCGUACCUCGGCUCUUCAUCGGACGAUUCGACGUGGGUUUUUCACGACAUUGGAACGGGUUCCUUGCUCAAGUCAGUGAGCUCGGAAGCCAAGGCCGUGCACGACGUCCAGUUCCACCCCGAUGGCGCGAUCUUUGCCACGGCGCAGGCCGAUUCGACCAUUCGUAUUUGGGACGUGGCGUCGACCAAGAAUGUUGCGACGUUUGAAGGGCACACUGGCGCGGUCAACUCGGUCUGGUUUUCCGAAAACGGAUACCAUCUCGUGUCGGGGGGCACCGACGGCAUCGUCAAGUUUUGGGACUUGCGCAAGCUCAAGAGUGUGCUUGAGUUGAAUGCCCACUCGGCGGUACAUGCCGUCCACUUGGAAGUCGGCGGGUCCGUCUUGGGCGUUGCCACCGACAAGGUCAUGUUGUACCAAGAGACCGGCAAGAAGAACUGGGACGUUGUCAAAACGUUUGAAGAACACAAGGGCCAAGUUACGGACGUAAAGCUUGCCAACCAGUUGGAGUUUGUCGUCUCCACUUCGCUCGACCGGUCGCUCAAGGUGUACGCGUAAGAGUGACGUGGUUGCUGGAACCAGCAGCCGAGCGGCAAAUCAAGUGCUCGCUCGGUCAUGACGACGACAUAUAUAAUUGAUUUCACCAUCCCUUGCAUGUGGCUGGAAGGCGUCAUGGUUACAGGAGCGUACUACCUUUUCUGGACGUCCUCUUCGCUGACAUGCUUUCGAGGACUUGUGUAUGUGAAUCGAUCAAAGCGUGAUUCGAGAUAGGCCCACGAACGAACCAUCCUUACCAAUGCAAAGACGUGGCAUAUAUCGAUACAUGUUUC